AUGGCUGCCCCUCCCCCACAUGGAAUAUACGUCCCCGUACCGACCUUCUUCGUGAGCAAGAAGGCGGCCAACUACGACCCCGUUGCGGCGCCGGUCGACGUUGAUACGCAGGUUGCGCACUCCUUGUAUCUGGCGAGAGCUGGUAUUAGGGGAUUGGUGAUUCUGGGCAGCACGGGAGAAGCGAUACAUCUCACGAACAAGGAGCGCUUCGAGGUCCUGUCCGGUGUCAGGCAAGCGUUUGAAAAAGAGGGCUUUAAGGACUACCCCAUCAUCGCCGGCACUGCCACACAGAAUGUCGAGGAGACGGUUGAGCAGUUGAAGGGCGCUAAGGAAGCCGGUGCGCAAUACGGUUUAACUCUGGUACCGGGAUACUUCGCUGGAGCUAGCACGCAAGAGGGUAUCAUCAAGUGGUUUACUGCAGUGGCUGACCGAAGCCCCAUACCCGUCUUAAUAUACCACUACCCGGGCGUCUCGAACAACGUCAAGGUCGUCCCGGCUACGUUCGAAACUCUGUCUAAGCACCCCAACAUCGUUGGCUGCAAGCUCUCGCACGGCGACGUAUCAUAUCACACGCAAAUCGCAUCCAACCCCUCCAUUGACCACUCUAAGUUCGCCACUUUCACGGGGCUAGGCCAGCAAUUGCUCCCAGUCGUGACUAUCGGCGCUGCCGGUGCCAUCGACUUCCCCUCCCCCUUCCCCCCCAAAAGCGUGGUGCGUCUAUACGACCUGUCGGUGAAGAACCAGCCCACAGACGACGAGAUCCGCCAGCGCCGCCUUCUGCAGUUUAAGAUCAGUGCUGUGGAGGAGCUGAUUGCAAAGUUUGGUACCGUUGGCAUCAAAGAAGCUAUCAGCAGGCUGCGCAAGCUGGGUGAUCCCGACGGCACGCGAUUGCCCCUGUUUGGCGGUAUCCCUGGUGGCGAUACUGAGUGGGCUAAGUGGCAGACAUUGAUCGAUGCGUUGGAGGAGGAAGAGCUGAAGUUGUAA